GUUUAGGAAUUUUCCUGGGUGGAUGAGGGGGUACCCUGGGAAAUAGGAUUUUAAAGCUUCUUGUCCACUGGAGGGAGUUAUUUCCAGCUGAGAUAGUGCCCAGGAAAGAGCAUCCCAGGGUCUUAUUCAGUAUUCUAGCACAGAAGAAGGAAUAAAAUGAGAAAUACCAGGACUUGGGCUGGAACCUGUGGCCAACUUAGGGUCAGGAAGCUGCAUUUUUCUGUUCCUGGUUCUGCCACGUGCCGUCUGUGGAACUAGGGGCACAUUGUGUAACCUCUCUGAGCCUCGGUGUUUGUCUCUAAUUUUCCUUUUUAAUGGAGUGAGUCUGCACUGCCUACCUCACAGGGUGGUGUGAUUCAAUGAGGUGACAUAGGUGGGAGUUCACUGAAUGAAUGAAAUGUCAGUUGUUACCACUAACUUUAAUCUUUGGACCUGUAUGAUGGGGUCUGAUUCAUGGGGGGAGGGAAGUGGAGAGAAAUUUGGGGAUUUUGUCUGCUUAGUUCUUCCAACAAUGUCAUCAGUACCCCCUGACUCUGAACAAGAUAGGAAGGGUAGGUUUGAGGGAGGUACUACUUCUUUGGUUAGAAGACACCCCAGCCUAACUUCCUCUUUGACAAUAUUCCUGACUUUUGGAAAAAGCUUUUCCUUGGCUAUAAAGUCUGCUCCUUCUGCCCUCAUUUCCAAAUUUUGGGGGCAAUGGAGCAAGAACUCUGCUUGAACCCCUCAGCUAAGGCUAGCCAGAUACCCCUUCCUACCUAGAGGGGGCUUUCUCAUGCGACUGAGUGUCUCCCUCUGGGGCUGCAGGCCUGUGAAGGGUUAAGCGAGCCACACCCUCAGCAGGAACAGCCUCGGACUUUGUGCUGAGCAGCCAUCUCAGGGCUCGCCUGGCCUGACUGGCACAGGGAGCCCUGGCUGGAGGAGGCUGCACAGAGGAAGGUCAGCAUCGUGGACGCUGGGAAGAAGAGGGUCGAAUAUCUCCUGUCUUCCUUGACACCAUGGACAGCUCCCAUUAACGAGGGCACCUCUCCAGCCUUGGGGCCUGGGACUCCUAUGCCCCCUUCCUGUCGAAUUGGGAUUUCAUCCACCAGUCUCCAAGAGACACUGAAGUUACACCCUAGUUCCAGUAUUGGGUGAGUCCUUCCUUAACCUGCCUGUACUUCUCUUUUCACAUCUUUGGGUGCCCCAUGUGGGGGCUGCUUCCCCCACCUCCAACCAAUCUUAUUCCCAUUUCUUUCAAAUCUAAAUCCAAAGAAGAUGCCUUCUCCCAGCUCUGCUUCUGCUUCUCUCCCUUCCCUGCCAAGUUAUUUAAAAUCUUAACUUUUUUUGUUUAAUCUAGAAAAUGUGGGAUGAUAAUAGUAUCUACUUCAUGGGGAUAUUGUAAGCAUCAAGUGAAUUAGUGUAUGUAAAGUGUUUAGAGCCUGCCUAGCCCGUAGUACAUACUACCUGAUUGCUAAAGGUUGCGAUAGUCAUUAUUAUUGCUCCCUCCGUUGUGACUUUACAGGAAGUGACAGGUGCUCCCUUUUCCCGAAGCUUGGGGAAGGCAGAGUGAAGGGAGAAGGCAGCCCGUGCCCCCUUCUUGCCCCACCUUCCCUUCCUGCUUCCCUCCCUUCCCCCAGUCAGUUUCAGCAAUGCAGCACAGGAGGAUGUGGCUCUUUUAUUCCUGUUAGGGAGUGUCGUUGACCAUUGUAAUAGUCCCGUCCUGCACAGGUCGCCCUGCCUACUCAGUCCCCCAGGAAAGACUGAGGAGGGCUGGGCUUCCACUCUAGGGAGCACCUGCCAUAUGCCUACUGCGUGGAGGCCGAGCUGCACAGUGUCCCCUGCUCCUCUGACUCUGCCCAUUCCCACCAGCUACUAAAAAGCUAGGUGUGUCCCUCUGGGGCAAAGUCCAUGCCAGAAGCUUAUGGUCAUGGGUGUAAAAUCUGGACAUGGAAAUAUAGGGACAGACGUGUAGGCACAUCCAGAGGUCCUGACAGCUACUUGCUUUUGGGGAAACAAACCUCAUUUUCAUUUUCUUUGGGGUAUUCCAGCCUUUUACGGAGGAACUUGCAUCUCUGUCCUUGAGCUCAUCACCUCUUCCAGUCCCCAUUUAAAAAAUGAAUCUCACUGUAGCAGAGAGAUGGGAGGAAAGACACUGGCACAAUUUUUCAAAGGGGUAUGGGGUGUGCUGGGUGACUGAAACGGGGGCUGUGAGAGGCGGGGAGUUGAGAAGGAGAAUGGGGGACAAAGAGUCAGGGAGUCUGGACCCUGGCCUCAGCCUCCGUGCAGGAGGGAGGGAGCUUUUGGUGCCUGGCUGUGGCAUGAAGUUUGCUUACCCUUUCCUCCCCAGCCCUCUCCCCUGCAAGCACAAGGAUGCUCCCCCAGCUGCUGCCUACUGGGUGCCUUCUUUACCCUGGUGGUCCUGUCCCACCCCCACCAACCCUAAUUCAGGGAGCAGAGCAUUCCCUCGCCUCCCACCAGGAGUUUCUGCAGCCUCCACUGUUAGCUUGGGCUGGCCCAGAGGCCUUUCCCAGGUUGGGGGCUCUCUCUAGGGCCAGAACUGGGGGAGGGGAAAGCUCUCUUGGUCCUUCUGCCUUCCUCCCCUCAAACAGCUACUGGCCUCUAAAGCUGAGCAGACAUCAACAAACUGAUCCCAGGAUCAGCUGCUCCUCUGGACAUGACUCUCCUGGAAGGGUCCAUUGGGGUGGAGGACCUUGUGCUCCUGGAACCCCUGGAGCAGGAGUCUCUGAUCAAGAACCUCCAGCUGCGCUAUGAGAACGGGGAGAUUUAUACCUACAUUGGGAACGUGUUGGUCUCAGUGAAUCCCUACCAACAGCUGCCCAUCUAUGGCCCAGAGUUCAUUGCCAGAUACAGGGACUAUACCUUCUACGAGCUGAAGCCCCAUGUCUAUGCACUGGCAAAUGAGGCAUACCAGUCACUGAGGGACCAGGACCAAGACCAGUGUAUCCUCAUCACGGGCGAGAGUGGAGCUGGCAAGACAGAGGCUAGUAAGCUAGUGAUGACUUACGUGGCGGCUGUCUGUGGGGAAGGGGAACGGGUGAACUCUGUGAAGGAACAACUGCUUCAGUCAAAUCCAGUGCUGGAGGCUUUUGGCAAUGCCAAGACCAUUCGCAACAACAACUCCUCUCGAUUUGGAAAAUACAUGGAUGUUGAGUUUGACUUCAAGGGAUCCCCCCUUGGUGGCAUCAUCACAAACUAUCUGCUUGAGAAAUCCCGCGUGGUGAAGCACCUUGAAGGAGAAAGAAACUUCCACAUCUUCUAUCAGCUACUGGCUGGAGCAGAUCCAGAGCUGCUGAAGGCCCUGAAGCUUGAGCGGGACACAAAUGGCUAUGCCUACCUGAACCCGGGGGCAUCCAGGGUGGAUGGCAUGGACGACACUGCCAACUUCAAGGCCCUCCAGAGUGCGAUGACUGUGAUUGGGUUCUCCAAGGAGGAGAUUCGGCAGGUGCUAGAGGUGGUGGCCCUGGUGUUGAAGCUGGGGAAUGUGGAACUGGCAGACGAGUUCCAGGCCAAUGGGGUACCAGCAAGUGGCAUCCGUGAUGGGAGAGGUAUUCAAGAGAUUGGGGAAAUGGUGGGUUUGAAUUCAGUGGAACUAGAGAGAGCUUUGUGCUCAAGGACCAUGGAAACGGGCAAAGAAAAAGUGGUCACUGCACUGAAUGUCGUCCAGGCUCAGUACGCUCGGGAUGCUCUGGCUAAGAACGUCUACAGCCGCCUUUUCACCUGGCUGGUGAAUCGAAUCAAUGAGAGUAUUCAGGUGGGCACUGGGGAGAAAAGGAAGGUCAUGGGGGUCCUGGAUAUCUAUGGCUUUGAAAUAUUAGAGGAUAAUAGCUUUGAGCAAUUUGUGAUCAACUACUGCAAUGAGAAGCUACAGCAGGUGUUCAUAGAGAUAACGCUGAAAGAGGAGCAAGAGGAAUAUAAGAGAGAGGGCAUACCGUGGGUGAAGGUGGACUACUUUGAUAAUGGCAUUAUCUGUAACCUCAUUGAGGAUAAUCAACGAGGCAUCCUGGCCAUGCUGGACGAGGAGUGCCUGCGGCCUGGGGUGGUCAGUGACUCCACCUUCCUAGCAAAGCUGAACCAGAUCUUCUCCAAGCAUGGCCACUAUGAGAGCAAAGUCACCCAGAAUGCCCAGCACCAGUAUGACCACAGCAUGGGCCUCAGCUGCUUCCGCAUCUGCCACUAUGCGGGCAAGGUGACCUACAACGUGAACAGCUUCAUCGACAAGAAUAACGACCUGCUCUUCCGGGACUUGUCCCAGGCCAUGUGGAAGGCCCAGCACCCCCUCCUUCGGUCCUUGUUUCCUGAGGGUGAUCCAAAGCAGGCGUCUCUCAAACGCCCCCCAACUGCUGGGGUCCAGUUCAAGGGUUCUGUGGCCAUUCUCAUGAAGAACCUGUAUUCCAAGAAACCCAACUACAUCAGGUGUAUAAAGCCCAAUGAGCAUCAGAAGCGAGGUGAGUUCUCCUCGGAGCUGGUGGCCGUCCAGUCUCGGUACCUGGGGCUGCUGGAGAAUGUGCGGGUGCGACGAGCAGGCUAUGCCUACCGCCAGGCCUACGGGUCCUUCCUGGAAAGGUACCGAUUGCUGAGCCGGAGCACUUGGCCUCGCUGGGACGGUGGAGACCGGGAGGGGGUCGAGAAGGUCCUGGGGGAGCUGAGUGUGUCCUCAGAGGAGCUGGCCUUUGGGAGGACAAAGAUCUUCAUCAGAAGCCCCAAGACUCUUUUCCACCUGGAAGAUCAGAGGCGCCUACGAAUCCAUCAGCUGGCCACACUCAUACAGAAGAUGUACCGAGGCUGGCGCUGCCGCGUCCACUACCAACUGAUGCGCAAGAGUCAGAUCCUCAUUUCCUCUUGGUUUCGGGGCAACAUGCAAAAGAAACGCUAUGGGAAGAUGAAGGCAUCAGCAUUGUUGAUCCAGGCUUUUGUGAGAGGUUGGAAGGCUCGCAAGAAUUAUCGGAAGUACUUCCGGUCAGGGGCUGCCCUCACCUUGUCAGAUUUCAUCUACAAGAGCAUGGCACAGAAAUUCCUCCUGGGGCUGAAGAACGAUUUGCCGUCUACCAAUGUCUUGGACAAAAGGUGGCCAGCUGCCCCUUACAAGUACUUCAACACAGCUAACCACGAGCUUCAGAAGCUCUUCUACCAAUGGAAGUGCAAGAAAUUCCGGGAUCAGCUGUCCCCGAAGCAGGUAGAGGUCCUAAGGGAGAAGCUCUGUGCCAGCGAACUGUUCAAGGGCAAGAAGGCUUCAUACCCCCAGAGUGUCCCUAUUCCAUUCCACGGUGACUACAUUGGGCUGCAAGGAAACCCCAAGCUACAGAAGCUGAAGGGCAGGGAGGAAGGGCCUGUUCUGGUGGCUGAGACUGUGAUGAAGGUCAACCGUGGCAAUGGCAAGACUUCCUCUCGAAUUCUCCUUCUGACCAAGGGGCAUGUGAUUAUCUCAGACACCAAGAAUUCCCAGGCCAAGAUUGUCGUGGCACUAAACAGUGUGGCCGGGGUGUCAGUCACCAGCUUCAAGGAUGGGCUUUUUAGCUUGCAUCUGAGUGAGAUAUCGUCAGUGGGCUCCAAGGGGGACUUCCUGCUGGUCAGCGAGCAUGUGAUUGAACUGCUGACCAAGAUGUACCGGGCUGUGCUGGAUGCCACACAGAGGCAGCUUCCAGUCACCGUGACUGAGGAGUUCUCAGUGAGGUUCAAGGAGAGCAGCUUGGCUGUCAAGGUCAUCCAGGGCCCUGGGGGUGGUGGGAAUGGCAAGCUGAGCUGCAAGAAGAAGGGGAGUCGUUGCCUGGAGGUGACUGUACAGUGAGGAGGUGCAGCAGUUUCUUCUUCCUGGACCAGCACCGGCCCUACUCCCACCCACCCACCUUCGUGGGAGGCUCCCGUGCCUGAGCCCUCGGAUGGGAGGUGGGGCUCAGAGAGUGCAGAACCCUUGAAGAGGACCUUGCUUCUCCCAAUCCUUUCCAAUCCUCUCUGCAAACUUAGCUUCCUCCCGCCCUCAGCCUCUUUGCCCACUAAUAAAACAAGAGGCUUUGCAAAC